CUGAUUGUCGCUCUCUGUGCAUAAACACAAAACUUCUUGGGCUUACGUACCAAGCGAACAGAAGUCUGUUCAAUCACUUUCAUAUUAAAAAUAUAUCAACAUUUUUUAAUGUUAAUUUUACAGCCAUUUAAGGGUAAAAUUAACAUGAAAAAAGGUAACUUUAACCCCUAAUACACCUAAAAAGGGUAAUAUUUACACCGAUUUUGGAUCAAUACUGCAGGGUAAAAUUAACAUUUCCGGAAUGUUAUUUUAACUUUUUCGGAUUACUCUCAGUGUUAAAUUAUUCUGUUCUUUAACCCUCAAUUUUCCACAUGUUUUAGUCUUCAACUCUCUCUAGCAAUGAAAAAUAGAAAUUAACAACAAUAAUGGGAAAUUAUGAAUAUUUCUAUUUCUCUCAAUGUAGUACUAAAAUUGAGGCUUAACCCUUUAAGGACGAUUGGAAAACCGGUUUCCCAUAAAGAAAAUUAUUUUUCCUGACUGCCUAAAGUUACUUUUUCCUUAUGGUUGUACGUAAUUGCAAAGUAGAAGGUUGAAGGAAUCUAGGAUAUUUCUUGGAAGUCUCCAGCUAUUUGCUAUAUAGUAAAUUUCUAAGCUCAAAAAUGACGAAUUUUUAAAUUCUCACUAUGAAAAAUAAUUUUAAAUAUAUUUUAUACUUCCAAUUUUUUUUAAGCAAAACCCUUUUGGGAAAAGAAACUACAAUACUCAAACAUAAUAUUUUUCAUUUGAUUGAAAAUGAUCACUCAUAUUAGUAUUGUCAGAAAAAUUACUUAAAUUUUUAAGCUAUUUUUGUCCCUAUUGUUCAUAGAGUUAAAAAAUACACCGAAUCAGAUUCUGUUGGCUUUUCGAAGGCCAGAUAUAAGACCUUUUAUUGGUUUUUUUCAUUGGUUUCAUUUUUAUUGCUGAUUUUCGGUCCGCGAAAACUGUCUCGUCGUUAAAGGGUUAAACAAAAAUGUCAGACCUGUCACUGAGCUGUCAAAAUUAAAAUUUCGUCUGCUCUUAUUUCACAAAAAUGUUUUAAUAAAUAACAUAGUCAUUGUCGUUAGUCAGUCGAUUAAAUUUAACAGUUUGAAUAACUGUCAAUGUCAAAAUUGACACAUGUCGCUUGAUUGUCAAUUCUCUAGCAAAAGAAUGUGAUCCCUAUGAUUUAUAAUGCCAACGAAUAUUCUUAAUCCAUUCAGUCAAUGUACUAGAAAUACUUGAGAUUAAAUGUUUAUAUUUUGAGAUUAGUUUUCUACAAAUUAAUAGAAGAAUAUUUUGAAAACAAAUUUUUUUUAUCUAUUAUGGGGGCGCGGGGAGUUGCCCUCAAACACGCGCCUUAACGGACACUGAAUUUAAAUUCUGUACACUAAUUCAUUACAAACUCUAUUGAUUUAGAUAGAGUAACUAUCCAAGAAAACACAUUGGCAGCCAGAAUUCAAAUCAGGAAAGAGGAUGAAGGUCAAUUUUAACAAAUUCGGCGAGAUGUCGAAUUUUCCAUCCGCCAUUUUGAGCAAAAUUUUUUCUUGACUUUCCGUGAAGCGAGAAAAGAAUAACAAAAUGUAUUCCCAUCUCUGUCGGGCUAUUUUUUCCAAGUUAUUGAAGGACUAAAGUAAAUAAAAAUCCAUUCCCGACAGAAAUUCGAAUAUCAAUUGUCCUGGAAUAAAACAUCUAAAAUCACUCAAUUUGCGUAUGAUGUAUAAUACCAUGGUAAAGAAUGGGUUAAUCCAUUCGCAUCUAUGGCAUACCUACACUGAGAAAAAACGGGGGUGCGAUUAACUUUUUUUCCUCAUAACUUUAACACUUUUUAGGUGUAAAAAUAUAAACAUUUUUUAAUGUUGAUUUUACACCUUUUUAAGUGUAAAAUUAACAUAAAAAAGGGUAACUUUAACCCAUAAUACACCUAAAAAGGGUAAUAUUUACACCGAUUUUGGAUCAAUACUUCAGGGUAAAAUAAACAUUUCCGGAAUGUUAUUUUAACUUUUUCGGAUUUCUCUCAGUGACCAUUGUCUAACUUGUACCACGUUACCCUACUGUAGGAAACUACAGUAGAGUCCCGCUAUAGGCCAUCGCUCUAUAGUCCACAAUUUAUCGUCCGUUGAUUUCAAAAGACUGAUUUUAAGUUAGGUUAUAAUUUUUAGUACGCGACAUGCAAUAUUGUUAUAAUUAUUUUUAAAAAAUUUUAGCAAACUUUAUUGAGUAGUUGUGAUAAUUGUGAUCCAUAAUGAAGAGAGCGAGGACAAGUACCACAAUGGCAAAAAAGUGGAAGCCGUCGAGCAAUUUCAAUGGUAAAAGUCGUUGAUAAUUUUAAAAAAUGACAUGGACUAUAGUGCGACCCAAGUGUCAAAUUUGGAACCAAAUAUGAACUAUAAGCGAGACUCUACUGUAAUUCUAAAAUAUGAACAAUCUAUGUGAAUUUUGUAGCACAGUAACUGAAUGAGUUUACAACGCCCAUAAAUUGUCAUUAAUCGAUGAAAUUCGAAUAUCGUUGUAACUGUAAAUGUCAAAAUUGACAGAUGUCGUUCAUAAAUAAUCAUUGUUACUUCUUCUCCAGUAAAAGAAUGUGAUCUUUAUGACUUAGAACACAAAAAGAAAUAACGUUAAUCAGUCGAUUGAAUUUGAAAAUUUGAAUAACUGUCAAUGUCAAAAUUGACAGAUGUCGUUAGGGAUCAUUGUUACUUCUGACAUCUUUGAAUACGGAUCAUAAACAAGUGUUAAAUUUUUGUAGGAAAUUCAGAUUGGUGUAUUUAGAAGCCCCCAAGAGAACGCCCUCAAUCCAUGUUCUCUCUCAAUCUCUCUCUCUCUCUCUCUCGGUCCAAAUCUCUCAGGCCAUUUGCUAUAGAGUACGCAUGUUGUACGCACCAAAAGCUAAAGUCUAUUGAGGUUCUUGUGACUUGUUACAAGAAUUAUAGAGAGUCACAUUGGUCUUUGGGUUAUUUGUAGUGUUAUAAUGUUGGGGAAAGAGUGUAUUAAAAGGCUCUCAUAUCUCUCUCUUUCUCUCUCUCCAGCUGGUGGGAAUUUUUGAGAUUGAUGGAGAGUAUGAGAAAUUGAGAGAGAAUAGGUAUGAGAGAAUGAGAGAAAAAAACGACAAUAUCGUGUCAUGCACACCACGAAAAAGUUUCCUCAAAUCGAAUUAAGUAUAUCUCAGACUAAAAACUUGGCUGUUAGUGUUUAUCGUAUUGGCGAAGCGAGUAGACGGUUGGCAUAAAUUGCUCCGUAUUGUCAACAAAUUUAUUAUUUAUUGGUGUUUCUUUUUGGGUGGACAGAAGUAUGAAAAAAAUGAGCAUUAAAUAAAAAGAAAAAAAAUGAAAUUGUCUGGAAAGAUAUUCUAAAAUUAAAUUAUCUCCGGAAUUGAUAUAAAGAAUUUCUUAUAAAAAAAAAGUUAAAUAGUGAUAAACUGCGUAAUUAAAGCUUAAAGUGUUGACUUGAUUGUGAGGUUAAUUUCGCAGGCGGUGGAGUUUAAAACAAAAAGAGUUUAAAAGGGGGAUAGUGCGGUGUUGUCGAAAUAAUAGUGGAAAAUUUUGCUGGAGCAACACUUAAACUCCUCAACAAUAAAUUGUCAAUAAUUAAUGGAAGUUUACAAAUGAUGUGAAUAAUGAUGUUAUAUAUAGGGGGAAAAAUAUGUACUUGUGGAAUUUAUGGAAUGUAUUAGGUUGAUGAUGUGUGUGCGUUUGUCUCUUUUGUGAACUUCUUCUUUCGCAGUGUAACAAGUGUUUGUUAAUUAAAUUUAUAGCAAAAGGCACAUAUCACAGUGUUUUUCCAUCGUGUUGAGAAUCAUCAUUUCAAAAUAACAUUCUUGGUGAUUUUGCUUUGAAAGCACAAAAGCAAAUAUAAUAAGAAAAAAGGGGGUUUAAAAAAUUAAUAUAUAACCUCAACUUAGAGACACUGAAAUUGCAGUUAAGUUGUGCUCUUUGUAUUUUUCAAAAAAAAAAUCGUCUGUUCUAAAAAAAAUCCAAUAAAAUUCCUGACUGGUGUAUUUCGAAAGUGGUGUAGAGGCCAGAAAACUUACAUUGCUCGCCAGAGAUACGUUGGAAAGAGGAAGAUACCCAAGAAGAAGAAGAAAAAAAUGUGCAAAAAAUAAAGUAAAUUCGGCGAAGAGUUAAAAAUAAACUUGACCACGUCGCUAACACAACGUUUUUCGUUCGAUGAAUAAUUUUUAACUUGGGGCUUUUGUUGCUAUUUACAUACAUUUUUUUUUUGAGCACGACAGCGAGAAGUGAGAGCAAUCAAGCACACGAAGAGAUAUGAAAUAAUUUUUGUGAAUAAAAUAACUUUGGUUGGUGGCUUUUUUUCUUGAUGAAGGAAGAAAAAUAAAAUACAGAAGUUUUAUGUACAAAAAGGAAGGACAAAUAGACCAGAAAAAAAAUUGUCAGAAAGAACAACGUAUUACGGGUAAACAAUAAAACAGACAAUUUAAACAAAUUAGAUUGUCUAUUUCUGUGUACUGUAGUGAUGAAAUAAUUUUUAUGUGGUUUAUUUUGAUGUGGACUUUUCACCAAGAGUUUUGUUACAAAACAAGAGAAAGAACGUGAAAUUUAACCACUUUCCUGUGAGGUUAGGAAGACACGAAUGAACUUUUUGAGGUUAGAACAGUGUGGCGGAGAGUGCACAAAAAGGAAAUACACAAACCAUUUCUUACAGUGUAUCCUUUUUUGAAGAUCUCUCAGUGUUUUGUGCAACUUUUGACUCUAACCCUACGACAAAAAAAAAAAAAAUAAGAAAAACCAGAAAAAACAUUUUCCAAGAAUUCAAAACUUUCUCAGCAAGAAGUAUGAUUGAAAAUUAGUGAGCAGUUUGAGGUGAAAUGCAUGUUUUAAAAUUAGAAAUGGCUCGCGAUUCAGCGGUGGGUAGAGAUCGGGUUCUUGUGAUGCCCAGUGCGGGUGGAACUAUACCGCUGGAUGGUGUUGCAAGUCAACCACAGACUCCAGAUGACAUUAAUCAGCAAAUUUUGGAGCUCAAGAAGGAGCAAGAAAUGCAGAAGCAAAUGCUCUGGCAUACAUUUCAUGAGAAGAACAAACAACUUGAGCUUCAGCAUAAACUUCAAUUGGAGCACAAAUAUCAGUUUGCGGGGCUUUCCAAUGGCGUAUUCCAGGAACUGAGAGAACAGAGAAUUGCAGAAGAACAGCAACAACAGCGAGAACGUCGCGAAAGGGAGGUGAUGAGACGCAAAGAGAAUAAUUGCAGUGCAAAUGCAAGUUCAGAGGUCAAACAGAAACUUCAGACUUUCUUGAUGAACAAGAAGCAGAAUGCAGCAACAAAUGGCAUGACAUCAUCAUCACCAUAUCGGAAUUGGGGUGUCGUUAAGAGUUCUUCAGGUGAAUCCCUGCCUGCUGGUGCUGGAGUAGCUUCAGUUAGUUCUCAUCCGUACAAAAUUCCACAACCACCAUCAUCAAUCGCCAAAUAUGAUUCCGAUUUUCCACUCCGCAAGACAGCAUCGGAGCCGAAUUUGCUGAAGAUUCGCUUGAAACAGAGUGUGAUUGAGCGAAAGGCGAGGAAUGGACCAUUGGCGGCUAGACGGCAAGAACGACUUCUUCAGGCUGCCCAAAGACGACAACAGAAACAGCAAAAUUCAGCCUUAGCAACACCGACAAAUUGCACAACAACGCCAGAUUCUGGUCCAAAUUCACCUCCUACGCUGACAAAUCGAGGCUCACCCACAAGUGCUCCAAUUCAGGAGGAAAAUGAGGAUCCCAACUAUCAGGGCAAUCGGGGGAGUAUCAAUGAUCUGGCACUGUUCAGUUCACCAUCGAUGCCCAAUAUUUCUCUAGGUAGACCUCACUUGGCCAAUGCUCACAAUGCCAAUAAUUUGGCGCUUCUCUCGAAUUUCCGGACACAUGCUCAAAUGGCAGCAGCAGCAGCUGCCGCUGGAGCGGCCUACUAUAAUCCCAUGCCACCAAUUGAUCAUCAUGCUGAGCUGGCCUCGCAUCUCCAUCCAUCCAACAUCCAUCACAUGGCAGCUACGCAUUUGGCGAUGCAUGGUCAAGUGCCAGGACUCUAUGGGCAACCAAUUACGGACACUCAAGUGGCUCAUGCGAGACUCAAUAAGCAGGGCCACAGGCCACUUGGUAGGACACAGUCAGCACCCCUUCCACUUGGGCAUCCAAUGCUCACGGGUGCUGGCAAUGUCAACAUUGGUCAGACUCACUACGAGAACAGUGAUGUAGGUUUUGAGGGGGAUUUGAUGUCCAGGCAAAGAUUUGUAGAAGUCUUGUCUCUCAUGCAGGCUGAGCGUCAGGCCAUGGAGCAGCAGCAUCUGUUGCUUACGCAGAAGAUCCGGCAGACAGUGCUGACGCGCGUGGGCGGAAGUCGUGAGCCGCAGCUGAAGGAGGAGGAGUCUGGAGAAGUGAUUGACUUGACUGACAAGAAGCAACCACCGAAAACUGUACUUACCAGUAGUGUUAUCACGAGUGCUGCCCAGCGUCAGAGUGAGGAGAGGCUGAGAGAUCAGGAGUAUCUCAAGCAACAGCGUGAACUCCUCAUUAGGCAGUCUAUGCACAUUUCUGUGGAUGAUCCCUUCACCAGGGGAUUCGUAAAGCCACUGUCACGGACACUAUCCAGUCCGUUGGUGCAUCUGGGACAGCAGCCACCCUGCAGUAUCCCGGAUACAGGACAGCACUCCCUGGACAAUAGCCCGCCUCCGGUGAAUCUCACAGUGCCACAUCGGCGGAGUUUGACUGGGGGAGCUCCUGGACCCACUCAUGUCACCACAGGACUGGCCUUCGACAACCAAAUGCUGAAACAUGCCUGCAUCUGUGGUGACAAUUCCUCGCAUCCCGAGCACAGUGGGAGGUUACAGAGUGUGUGGGCACGUCUGGUGGAGACGGGUCUGGCCAGUCGGUGUGACCGUCUGAGGGCCAGACGAGCCACACAGGAAGAAUUGCAGACGGUGCACACUGAAGCUCACACAAUGCUCUUCGGGACGAAUCAGCUCAAUCGUCAUAAACUCGAUGCCAGUCGGGUGAGUUUUGUCCGGUUGGCAUGCGGAGGAUUGGGCGUGGAUCUGGACACCACGUGGAAUGAGCAUCAUACGUCAGCAGCAGCCAGAAUGGCGGCUGGAUGUGUGAUUGAUUUGGCCAUGAAGGCGGCCAAGGGAGACAUUCGGAAUGGAUUUGCAGUGGUACGACCGCCAGGGCAUCAUGCAGAACCAGAUGCUGCCAUGGGUUUCUGUUUCUUCAACUCCAUUGCCGUGGCUGCUAGGUUAGUGCGGCAACGUGUUCCGGAAAUGAGGAGGGUAUUGAUUGUGGACUGGGAUGUACAUCAUGGAAAUGGGACACAGCAGGUCUUCUAUGAUGAUCCCAGUGUCCUCUAUCUCUCAAUCCAUCGUCAUGACGAUGGGAAUUUCUUUCCGGGCACGGGUGGUCCAACGGAAUGUGGAGUUGGUCCGGGAGUGGGUUUCAAUGUCAAUGUAGCCUGGAGUGGAGGAUUGUCUCCUCCGCUCGGGGAUGCUGAGUACCUAGCGGCUUUUCGGACUGUCGUAAUGCCCAUCGCAAGGGAAUUUGCACCGGAUAUUGUUCUGGUUUCGGCAGGAUUUGAUGCUGCCAGUGGACAUCCUCCGCCCUUGGGGGGCUACAUGGUAUCUCCGGCGUGUUUUGGCCAUCUCACCAGGGAACUCAUGCAACUGGCUGAGGGUAGGGUGAUUCUGGCCCUAGAAGGCGGAUACGAUUUACCGGCCAUUUGUGACUCGGCUCAGGAGUGCGUCCGGGCUCUACUGGGCGAUGAUCUCAGUCAGAUUGCUGACACCGAACUCGCCAGGCCACCUUGUCAGAACGCCAUCGAGACGAUUCAGAAGACAAUUGCCAUCCAGAUGAGCCAUUGGCCAGCUGUUAAGAGACUUGCUCAUACGGUGGCAUUCUCAGCCGUUCAAGCACUAUCAAGUGAAAGAGAUGAAUCUGAUACUGUGACUGCAAUGGCUGGAUUAUCCAUGCAAUCACUUCAUAGAUCAUCAAGGGAUCUUUCUCGGGAAGAUUCCGAGGAACCCAUGGAUCAGGAUGACAAAUAAAAUAAUUGAAAACUCGGAAAACUCUUUCCACUCAAAAAAGAAAGAGAGAUACAUUUAUGAUCGAGUCACAGGGAGGAAAAAUGAUGAGGAGACGAAGAAUCAUUUGGAGCGUAAAUACGUUGUAAGUAUUUAUAUUGCAUGAUUAAUUGAAGUUUAAAAAAAAAUAAAGUUAAAUAGCACGGAGAGAAUUUCAAUGGAAAAAAAAUCAACAAUAAAAUUUACUAUUUUCGUGUAUGAGAGAAGAUACAAUAUUAACACUUGUUGUUUAAUUACAAAUUUUUUUGAAGAGGGUUGCAGGUGGGAAAAGAAAAAAGUCUAUAUAGAAAUUUGUUGGUCAAUGGCGUUAAUUUGUGGUAAAUAUUUAUAACAAAAGAAAAAGAGGAUGAAUCAAUUGUUAGAAAAAAGAGAUAAAUUUCUCAGCUGUGUGUAAUAAUUGUCCAUAUUUAAAAAGAAAAAAAUGAGAAUUGAUUUCUGCCAAGCAGUUUAUUAAAGAAAUAUUAAAAGAAAAUCUAUAUUUAUUCUCUCUAAAAAAAACAUCAAACAAAAACAAGAGAAAUAACUUUUCAUUGCAGGUGAAUACAAGAGAAAAUAUAUCGUGAUUUGCUCAAAGCUUUAUAUAUUUUUCGAAAGAAAAUCUCGUUUUUUUUUUGUCUUAAGCUGAAAAAGUAAUUGUAUAAUAAAAAAAAAAUGCCAUUUAAUUGAGUUAUUGGUGGUUUUUUGGAAGAAAGAGGUUUUUGAGAUCUUUUUUCCAGUAAAAAUAACUCAAUUGAUUGGUUAUAUUUGUAAUACUGGGAAUAUUAUGGGCUAGGCACAAUUGAUUUCACAUGAGGAGCCUUUAUGGGGAAUGAUGUCAUUGAUACAGUUAAUACAGGGUUAGCUCUAAGACUCUGAGGGCUUUGGUUCGACACCAGUGACCUAUUAAAAGUUUUCUGGUAUUUUAAAAGCUCAAAGUCAUCCAGUGAAAAUAUACCAAAAACCCAGUGACCUUUGCAUACUUCAGUCGUUUGACUUAAAGAUAUACUUCAGCCGAGAUAAAUUUUUUGUUGAAUUACUAAAAUUUUUAUAUAAAAUAACAUUAAUAAAGGAAACUUUAGUAGAAGUUCAAUGCACAAAACAUCAUUCAGUCAGUUUUUAAAGGACUUAACCCUUCGUAACAUAAACAACAAAAACGUGUUCAAGAAUCAGUUAAAUAUCCAAAAAUUGCUAACCAAAAUAGCAUGACAAAAAUACCACGUUUCGAGUACAUGAGAAUCUUCUGUAUUUUUUCACUUAUGAGUUUCUCUUCCGUGGAAACUUCAUAAAUUAUCACAAUCUUGCGCGAAAAUGUCAGAAAGUCACUUAAAAUGUCAGAAAGUUUUAUAUUUUCAAAUGAAAGAGCAUUUCCACCGUUUGGCUCUGGAGUUUGGUCACCAACGCUAAGACGGCGGUGGACGUAAACUUUGCUUUCUGACAAAUCUUUAUAUUUUUAUUCAUGUAGUUUUUUGCUGUCAAGAGCACUUGCUCAAAAGCAUUGGUUUUUAUUAUCAAUAAUAAAUUUUAUUUAAAAAAAAAUCAUUUCAAUAUUCAAAAUUCGACUGCAAAUGUUAAAAUGAAUGAUACUUUCUGAACAGUUUGACCAAAAGAAAAAAAAAUAUAUUCGAAAGUCAGUUUCGAAAAUCUAUAGGGGAAGAUGAUCAGCUACUGAACGCGCCGAUCUUCGAAUAUUGCAAGUUUUUGUUUUUUCUUAUAGCGAAAAAUCUAUUUUGAACAAGAUUAUGAUGAUCAAUUUUUAAGUAUUUUUCCUGAGGAAUGCGAAAAAUGCAAUAUUCAAAGUCUGAAGAGUUGGAAUCUGAUCAUUUUUCUCUACUUACUUCACAUUUCGCUCACGUGGUGACUGUGGCAUUUCCUGUUCGAAUUUCGAAGUGUUUCGAAAAUCAACGUGUGUCGGUCUUCACUUUGUUAUGAGGAAAAUCGGGAAAAUCAAAGCUACGAGGCUUACUUCCUAGUUCUUAGCUUCUUACUGUGGUAUUUCAUAAACUUUUAUAACCUUGCGUGAAUUUUUAGAGUGAAAAUUCGAAAUUCUGUGUGCACUUUUCGAACAUGAAUAAACAAAUUUCAUUGUUACAUCAAUAAUGACGUACUUUACGACAUCUUCAUAAAUUUCUCUCGGAGAAAUGUCAAUCACAUUUUUUGAAAGAAGUGUUUUUCCAUAGUUUGAGGUUAUGUUUGAUUUAACCUAGAAAAAAGAUCAUCUUAUUACUCCUGAAUUUUCCAAUAAAAAGUACAGGGAGUUCUGGCUUAAGUGUAAACGGAUUGAAAGAAUUUGUUAUUAAUUGCCUACUAUUGGGAGCUCAUUCAUAAAAUAAUUAUUGAAAUGCCCCUUAUGCAAAUUUUCUCAAAUUUGAAAUAUAUUUUCUACAAACCGUUGGCGUCGAAAAUGUUUUGAGUAAGUACAUCACGGCAUUUCUGUAACUUAUUCCAAACGCAUCUCCUGUGGGUAUGCAAUUUUUCUGUAUCACUGGAGUGAAUUCACGGGCUUUUUUCGGUCCCGAGAAUAUCUUUGAAAGCAGAAUUCCCUGUAAAAUGCAAUUUUCUCAGAUAAUUCAAAAAUCUGCUAUCUUUUAAGCCAUUUCAAAGUUUAAUUUGAAAAAAAAAAAACUUUAAAAAUAUUAGAAUCAGACAGAAUUUAUUGUAUUUUUGAGGUUAGAAUUUAAAGAAUAAAAAAUGCCAUCCGUUUUCUUUCCCUGUCACGGACAUUUGUUAAAAAUGUUCUACGCUGCAAAUUAAGAUAUUCUGCCGUUCUUAGAUUGUCUUGAACUUGUAGAGUUAGACUAAACAUAACCUAAAAAAUUUCGAAUUAACCUGAGUUGGUCAAAUAAGAGGGUAACCUAAGAAAAAACAAUGAGAAUUAUUGUAUUGCUAAUUUAGUCUGGAAGAAGAGUUGUCUUUGAUGUUAAACUUCUCAGGAACAUCUGAAUUUUUGCCACAUCUUGAGUUUUUGAGGUUAAGUCAAACAUAACCUAAAAUUUUAAAUCAACAUCUUCACCAAGUAAGUGAAUAAAGCCCUUUCAUUUAUUUAUUACAGCAUUUUUAAUCCACAAAAUUUAUAAAUUGUCAGACAACGGCUAAACUUAAAAUUUUUAAACAAAUAUUCAUAUAUUUACAAGCUAUCGAUUUUUAUUAAAAAAAAAUCCUUUUGAUAAAGGUGACAUCAUUUAACGUAAAUCUAAAAGAAAAUUAAUUGUGCCUAAUCCAUAAACGCAAAUUUUUUUGAUAGGAAAUCACGGUAGAAUACCAAAUAUUUCCAUAAAUUUAAUCUGUGUGCUGUUUAUGAAAUAAAUAAAAAAGAAAUUAAUGGUUAAAAAAAGCAGUGUUUAAUGAAGAAAAAAAAAGAUGGGAAUACGUGACAAGAAAAUUAUAUCAAUAAAUGUUGAGUGACCUUAAUGUACGUCAACGAAAAUGAAAUCUGAAAUUUAUUUAAAAAGAAAAAGUAUCUGUUGUGGUUAAAUAAAAUUAAUUAUGUGAAGAUUUUAAGGAAAAAAAAAACAAAAACCGAAAUUAGUAGAAACUAUAAAAAUUAUAUUGAUAAAUAUUGGAUUAAGCGACCUAAACUUAGAACAGAUUUUCUCUAAGACAAAGUUUUUUUUUUAAUUUUUAUUUUUAGAGGGAUUAAUCGAUGCUGGUUCGUCGAUUUAAAAUACAAUUUUUUUUUAAAGAAAGAGUUUCCGAAAUCACAAUUUUUUCAGACGUUCAGAAAUCUUACGUUGUCUUUUAGGAACACAUUUUGUUUUUAGGAUAGAAUGAUAAAAAUUUAUUAGAAAAAAAAUUGAAUGGGACAUUACAAAAAAUUAAUUAAGUAGAUACACUUGUUCUCCAAAUUGUUGUAGUUCCUUUAUAGGGGAUUUUCUAUCGAAGGAAAAUAAUUUUCUAAGAGCACACACGUUUUACAAUAACAAAAAAAAACACAGGAAAUUAUUUAUGCCUAACGUACAAUAACUUUUGUUUAGUAAACAUGUUUUUGACAUUUCAAUAAGAGUGAGUGAGAUCUAGAUCUAGUCAUCUUGCUCAUUCUCAUGGGAAAUUCUGAAAACAUGUUUAAAAACAAAAGUUAUUGUGCGCUGGUCAUUAUUAGGGCAAUUUCUGCAAGUAAUUUACAAAAAAAAAUAAAUAAAUAAAAUAAAACAAAAUUGCGGAUAAUACAAAAGCAAAUUCCAUGACGUAAGCAGCCAUAAAUAUUCUUUCCUUUUCGCUAAUUCUACAAUUACUUUCAAUACACAAACACAAUAAAAGAAAUUGAUAAAAAAUAGAUAAUUAAAUAUUUAAAAAAAAUACAGAAAAUAAAAAAAUAAUAAUAAUUGAAUAAUUGUUGUACGUGAUAAAAAUAUUACGGAUAUCUUUUGAAGAAGAAAGUAAUCAUUUUAAUUAAAAAGUAAAAUAAAAUGUGGUAUAAGAUUUAAAAAAAAACAGCAGAAUAACAAUAAUCGUUAAGAAUAAAUAUUUAAAAAAGAAGAGAGGUAUAAAGAAAAUAAAAUAUUGAAUGUAGAUACAUUUAAAAAAGAGAAAAAAGAAAAUAUUAACUAAAGGAAAUUAUAUUAAUUGAAUGUAUAUUUUUUUAAAUAAUAAUUAACAGAGAUAUAAAGUAUUUUGUACAAUAAACGUUACGAUUAAUUGUGGAAUCUUUUUUAACAAAAGAUCAAUUUUUUUGCAAAAAAAAAUGGUGCAGGACUUUUUUUUGUUGGUUGGGUGGGAAAGUUUAAUUAAGAUAGGAAUUUUUCAAAAAAAGAAAUAUUUUUGCUGAAAGAAUAGCUAGGAACGGUUUUGAUUGUGCGGAGAGAUGCCCGGGAAAAAGAUGACAGAAUGUUUUUUAUCAAAUUUUUAUCAAAAACAAAAAACUGAACAAAUAAGCACAUUCACACGGUGUUCAAGUGAAAGAAAAUUUUGCAAAAAAAAAAAAAUGAAUCACAAGUGAAAAACACAAAAAUUUACACACAGAAAUAUUUUAGGAUACAAAGAAGAAAAAAAAAUAAGUAAAAUUAAUAUUAGGAACAUUUUAUUGUUGUAAUUGUUGGCAAAGAAAGCAUUUAAUUUCACUCACAGUGGAUUUUUCGCGAUGAACAAGUAUCGAGAGACAAAUGAUUGAAAGAUAUCAAAUGUUCAAUGAAAGGGAGAAAAAUUGUUAGAAAUGUUUUGAAUCUCCCAAUUUUCGCAUCUUUUGUUCCCAUUUUUGUAUUUGGCAGGGGCGGUAUUUUGAAAAGUGUGAGGUUAUGUUUACCCUAACCUCAAAUAUUUUGGGUUUAAUUUAAUUGGGUAAACAGAAAUGGAAUUGUUAUUCCCAAUUUGGCCAUUUAGAGAUAAAACAGAUGGUUCUCUAUGAUAAUUUUGCCUUUCAAAAUAUAUUUUAUUUUAACUAACCUCACAAACUUGACCACGAAGAAUUUUUAGUAGAUUAUUGCGUUUGAGGGGAUGUUUUGAAGAAUAUCCUUCCAGGGUAGGAAUUCUCUAACUCUGUGAACGCUUCACUAGUGAACGAUUCACAAGUGAAAGGUUCAGGAGCUUCUCUUCACGACUGCUAGAAAAGUUAUUCUGUAACUUUGCGUGAAGCAGAGAGGGGAAGUGUGUUGAAAAUUUUAUUAAAUUUAAGAUUUUCAUCAAUGUUUGAAACAUAAUAAUGGAAAACACUAAAAUUGUGUAUGAGAAAUGAUGUAGUGCUGUUUUUCAAGCUGAGUAUGAAAAAAAAUUCAUUGGCUUCACCGAGUGAUAACAUCAUCUUCACCGAAAAAUUGACAAGUGAAACACAUAACCUCAAAGUGAUCCUUUCACGUGAAGCUAUGGCAAUGUUACAGAAUUUCUUUUGAUAUCACUUCAGUGAAGCGUUCACCAAUUUUGACAGGUGAUCACUUCACAGUUUUAAAGAAUAAAAAAUUAAUUAAGAGAUCACAACAAAAUUUCUGAAAUUGAAGCUAAAAAAAAGAUCUUUUUAAAUAAUAUUUAAUUUUUAGGUUAUGAAGAAAUUUGAUGUGGAGUUUUUGAACCUGCAUAAUUUCUUUUCGCAAUUUUUAAAACAGCAACAAUUUUAUGGUAAUUUGACAUUGCAAUUUAACUUCUUCUAAUCAAAUUUGAGGUUAGGUUAUUCAUCAGAAGCCUAUAAAAUUUGACUAGAAAGACUUCUGCUGAGAGACAGUUUUCAAAAGUUUCCUCACAAAACUAUCACAAUUUAAGUGUUUUGACUCUUCUUAAUUCCUCCUUUCAGAUAUCACAACAGAUUUUUUAAAGUUUUAGAUGAAAAAAGUUAAAUUUUAGGUUAUGAAGAAGUUUAUUGUGGUUGCACCAUUUCUUUUCACAAUUUAAAAUCUCUUUUAAUGGAAUUUGAGGUUAGGUGGUUCAUCAGAAACACUCAAUCACUAACAGUCUAACCUCAUUCUUUCAAUCAAAAUUUGAUUGAAAAAAGUUAAUACUCGGUGAUAAUGAAUCUGGUGCAAUAAUUUUGUCAAAGACUUCUCAAGGGAAACACAGUGUAAAGGUGUUACCAUGAAAAUACUUUUCGAGAGGUUAGAAUGUUCCUCUACUACGGACAAUCUAACCUCAAAUUUUAUUAGAAGAAAUUAAUUCUCAUGUUGAUGAGAAUCACACAAUAAUUUUAACAAAGAGUCAUCCGGUGAUUCCUAGUGAAAAGGUGUUACCCCGGGAGGAAGAACACUUAGGCUUUGGCCUUGUUAAAGUUUCUUGAAGUUAAUUCUAUUCAAAUUGGAGGUUACGCAGUUCUUCAGAGAAAUAUUUACGUUCUAGUCUAACCUCAAAUUUGAUUAUAAAAAUCAGUUAGUAGAGCACUCGUCUAGUUAACGAGAGGUCUCCAGUUCGAUUCUGGGUGGAGGCAGGAAUUUUUCCUAUAUCCACUGAGAAAAAACUGGAUGAUUUGAAUGUCAUUUGCUCUGAUUGAAGAUUUCUCUGUACAUAAAUACAAUUAACACUGAACUAAAAUUCGUAAAAUUCUCACAAUAAAAACAAUUAAAAAAGAAGUUAACUCCAAUCAAGUUUGAGGUUAGGAUGUUCCUUAAAGCUCAAUCAUAAACAGUUCAACAUCAAAUCUUAUUAUAAGUGGUUUGAUAUAAUCAAUUUUGACAUUAAGUUACCUGAUAGAAGCUUCAUGACGAACAAUGGAAACUCAAAUUUAAUUAUAAGGAUUUUAUGGUGAUAUUUGAGGUCAGGCUGCUUGCUACAAUCUCAAUCACAAACUGUUUUUCAUAACAUAUCUUAAAAUAAAUUUUGAGAUCAAGCUGUUCGUCAUUCACGUGCAAUCUAGCCUUUCAAUUGAUUUCCAAAGGUUAGAUAUCACUAAAUUGAAGGUUAAACGGUUCAUGUGAAGCAUUAUCAUGAACCUAACCUCAAGUUUGAGGUUAAUUUUAGUCAAAAUUGAGAUUAGGCUGCUCAUUGUAAUCUCAAUCACGAACAGUUUUUCAUAAAAUUAAAAUAUUGAAGGGUUUUUAUUGAAUAAAAUAAGGUGAAAUUAUGCUGUUCGUCUUUCACGAACAAUCUAACCUCAAAAUUGUUUUGAAGAAGUUAGAUUUUAUUGAAUUAAAGGUUAUUCGGUUUAUGAACAGUCUAACCUCAAGUUUGGUUCUACAGUAGACUCUCUCUCAAAUGGGCAUUUGGGGCGAAAUGUCAUCCGGUUUAUCGAUAGAUUUGAGCGUCAAAACCUUUGUAAAUUCCACAAAAAGCGCUCAAUUAUAAAGCAUCUUGAUAAAAUAGGAAAAACUACUGCGAAUUUGAGCAAAUUAGCUUCAUAAUUAAACGUGAAAAUUGUCAACAAAAUUUUUCGCCCGAUUGAAAAAAAGCCGAUUGAGCGAGAGUCUACUGUAAAAGGUUAGUUUUAGUCAAAUUUAAGGGUAAGCUCAAAGUACGAAAGGCUAACCUCAAAAAAGUGCAUAUUAAUAAUAGUGUAGGUCACUCUGCUUUAUUGGAAUUUUAAUCACAAACAUAUUUUCAUGAACUUGAAUCACAGAAAGCUCUUUUGAAUAAAAUUUGAAAAUGGCUUGUUCUUCUCGUCAUUCUAGAACUGUCUAACCUCAAAUGGUUUAUUUUUUAGGUUAGUCCUUAUUAAAUUGGUGGUGUCACUGUUCGUUUGAAGCAUUAUCGCGAACAGUCUAAUCUAGAGUUUGAUUUUAAAGGGUUAGUUUUAAUCAAAUUUGAGGUUAGACUUAGACUAAGAAUGGCUAACCUCAAAAAUAUGCGUUAUAAGUAAAUUUUAGGUUAGUAUCUUCACUGUUUUCAUGGUUUUCAUGAUUAAGCUUCUAAGUUAAAAUGCAAAAUUGCUUAAUGCCAAGCAGUAUAACGAGUAUAACCUUUCAGUUCUUCUUAACCUUAGCAUCGAGCUCGAUUUUGAUUCGUUCCCAAGCCUGUUUAUCGCUUAAAUAGCUUUUGAUCUUUUUUCUGACUAAAUUCGUCAAGUUAUAAAGGAUCCUCAGUAAAUUACGAAUAAUAUUUUGAGGUUAGAUUCGAUAUAACCUCACAUUUCAAAAUAACCUUUACCAAAUACUAAAAUGGGGCCCAUUACAAAGGAAAAUGAAACAAUUUUCGGAUGAGGAACAUCUAAUUAAUCAAAGAGAACUCUUGUUGUAAUAUUUCUAACCAUGUGACGAAAAAUAGAGAAUAUAAAUGUUAAAGAUGAUGGUACAGCAGAAGAUGGAAAUCCAGAUAAGAAACCACGUAAAAAAUAUCUAUAAAUGAAUUGUUAAAUGGAAAAAAUGUUAAUUGUGCAAGAUAGCGAUGUGAUUUCCUUGGUGAAAAAAAAACAGUUCAGACAAGAAGAUCUCACUUGCAAAAAUCUCUUUGUAAUAUUCGAUGUCCAAGAAAGACUCUCGCUAAAGAGAUUUAAAAAAAAUAAUGCUACAUGUUUUUUGCUUAAAAAAAGUGUUUUACAAGAUAAAAAAAAAUAUACAAAAAAUCCAUAUUUUUGAGCAGUUAGACGAAGAAAAAAAUCCAGAAAGUAACUCUGAAAAGCACGAGAAAACAGCUACACAACAUUCCAUUGAAUUUUUAAAUUAUGUAUAGUAAAAAAAAAUUAUGAAAAAUUACAAAAAAAAAUCUUCUCUUUUGCUACAUUUUAUUUCAUGUUUUUUUUUCUUUCCUAUAUUAUCUAUAUUAUAUAUAUUUGUUAAUUAUAAAAAACUUGUAAAUGAUGUUUUAGAAAAGUCUUUCAGUUCAGUAAGAAAGCAUGAGAAUCACACAACAACAAAUUAAUGAAAGAAAAUAAAGAAUGUUGAGAUAAAAAAUUUCUACAAUAAACCAACGAAUUUUUAUUUUUAAUUUAUUAACUGUAAAUAAAUGUGUAUAGUUAAUUUAUAUAUUUGAUGAAAAAAAAAAGUGGAAAUAUGUGAGAGAAAAACAUGAGAAAUAUCUUUAAAUGUUUAUUGCAGAAUUUAACACAAAAAAAAAGAAAAAUUUGUUAAGUGUACAACACAAAAAAAAAUAUUUGAAGUGAAGGAGAAAAAAACAAAAUGUCUCUUGGAAAAAAUGGGUAUCAGUUUUUAUUUGGAACGGAAGGAGAAAAUUGUGGUGUUUUUCUUGGGAAAUUGGAUUGGAUGAGACAAUUCAAUACAAAUAAAAUAUCUACAUUUGGAAAA